UCGUCACAGAUCAACCCGCUGGCACUGGCUGAUGAUACUUCCCAAAUUAACAUAAUCCAUGUGUUUGUUAAGUUCUAACUAUAUUUUAUUUUGGUCAGCAUUAGAAACUUCCUGUCUCUCUAUGCUGUUGAAACAUGUCACAUUGUUAGGUUAUUGCUUUGCUUUACUACCAGUGGAACACAUGGCUUUAAGUUUAUGCCUUGAAGUUUCAGUAGCAGAGGUGUUUGGAAUGACUCCAGAGGUAUUUAAGUACGGUGGAGACAGUUUACUGUCUGCAUUAACUGAGGUUCUAGGCAGCAUCUGGGAAUCAGAAGUCCCAUCGGGUUGGUGUAAGUCACUGACAAGUCUUCCUGUGAUAAUCACAGAGGGAUUAGCUUGACUAAUAUAGUAUCUAAAGUCUUAGGCUCUAUAAUCAUGCGUAGACUAGGUGGUGCUCGGGAGGAACAAACACGAGAGAGCCAGGCAGGCUUUUGACCAGGAAGAGGGUGUAUUGAUCAUAUCUUCACCCUCCGACAAAUUCUAGAACAUAAGCACUCCUACCGGCGUCCAACAGUCAUUAUAUUUCUUGACCUAAAGGCAGCAUUCGACUCUGUCGACCGAGAAGUUCUCUGGAGAUGCUUUGGUGUAAAGGGAAUUCCGAGAAAAUAUAUUGCACUGAUUAAGGCACUCUACUCGUACUCAUGCAGUCAG